CUUGGUUAAUAUCGCCAUAUUUCCUUUAUAAAGUUUGAAUCUUUGGUCCUUAUAUUGAACUACCACAACAAGUUUUUUAAUUCUGUCCUGUUUAAGUGAUGGGGGUUUCCAAUUGUUCCAUUACUUUGCCACCGACCCAGCAGGUUCCACUGCCUAAGGAGUAUGGGGUAACGAAACCCUUGUCUCUAGCAGGACCUAUGGAGGCUGAUAUUCAGCGUACCAAAGAGUUGGAAAAGUUCUUGGUCGGUGCUGGACUCUAUGAAAGCGCUGAGGAGGCUGCUAAGAGAGAAGGAGUUCUCUGCCAGCUAAAGCAGAUUGUGAAGGACUGGGUGAAAGAUCUUACUCGACUGAGAGGGUACAAUGAUCAGAUGGUUGAGGAUGCAAAUGCUGUCAUUUUAACUUUUGGUUCUUAUCGACUUGGGGUGCAUGGUCCUGGAGCUGACAUAGAUACCUUAUGUGUUGGACCAUCCUAUGUGAACCGAGAGGAUGACUUCUUUUUUGUAUUGCAUAAUAUUUUGAUGGAGAGGGAAGAAGUUACUGAACUACAACCAGUCCCAGAUGCACAUGUCCCUGUUAUGAAGUUUAAGUUUGAUGGGAUCUCAAUUGAUCUUCUUUAUGCAAGCAUUUCUCUUUUGGUUGUGCCAGAUGACUUGGACAUAUCCAGUGAAUCCGUGUUGUGCAAUGUUGAUGAGCCAACUGUAAGGAGCCUUAAUGGCUGCAGGGUAGCAGAUAAAAUCCUUAAAGAUGUUCCAAAUAUUGAGUUUUUCCGGAUCACACUUCGAUGUUUAAAGUUUUGGGCUAAACAGCGUGGUGUUUAUUCAAAUGUGACUGGAUUUCUUGGUGGAGUUAACUGGGCUCUUCUGGUUGCUCGGGUUUGCCAACUCUAUCCAAAUGCUGUUCCGAGUAUGCUGGUUUCUCGUUUUUUCCGCGUAUAUACACAAUGGCGCUGGCCAAAUCCUGUGAUGCUUUGUCAGAUAGAGGAUAAAGAAUUUGGAUUUUCUAUCUGGGAUCCACGUAAAAAUCCUUGGGACCGGACACAUCAGAUGCCAAUUAUUACACCUGCCUAUCCUUGCAUGAACUCUAGCUACAAUGUAUCUGCAAGUACUCUUCGUGUUAUGACAGAACAAUUUGAAUUUGGUAACAACAUAUGUCAGGAAAUUGACCUCAAUAAAGCCCGAUGGACUGCAUUGUUUGAGCAGUAUCCUUUCUUCGAAAACUACAAGAACUAUUUGCAAGUUGACAUAGUUGCAGCUGAUGAUGAUGACUUACUUGUGUGGAGAGGCUGGGUCGAAUCCCGGUUAAGGCAGCUUACUUUGAUGAUAGAGCGGGACACAUUUGGGAAAUUGCAGUGCCAUCCUUAUCCCCACGAGUAUGUGGACCCGUCCAAACAGUGUGCCCAUCGUGCCUUCUUCAUGGGUUUGCAGAGGAGGCCAGGGGAGUUGGUUCAAGAAGGUCAGCAGUUUGAUAUCCGUGGGACAGUUGAUGAGUUUAGACACCAAGUAAACAUGUAUAUGUAUUGGAAACCAGGAAUGGAAAUGUUUGUGUCCCAUGUUCGUAGAAAGCAGAUUCCCUCUUAUGUUCUAUCAGAUGGUUAUAAACAAAACCAAACACCAAGGCUAAUGAGUGGGCAGCUGGGAGAGAAGCCUGUCUCUGGUAUUUUUAGGUCAAGAUCCGGAGAAAGAGGAGGUUUGGAAAGGAAAAGAGAGCUUGAAGGUGUGGAAGAGAGUCAGCAGAGUUUGGACAAACGACCAUCAAUUAGCCCUCCAAGAAGGGAAUCACCGUCGCCUGAACUUAUUGUUGGUCAGAAAAGUGGCAUGUUGUUACAACAGCGUUUCUCAACAGUUUCUGGAGGGAAGAGAAAGAGUGAAGAAAUUUCAAAUAAUGUGACGAAUGAUAAGAUGCAGUUUGCUAUUCCGGACAAAGAUGUUUAUAGUGAACAAAGGAAGUCACGAAGAGCACAAUGUGCGGAAGCAGAUGGAUGUGUAUACCAGUCUAGUGGUGUCACAAGCCUUGUCGAAGCUGGUACCUCUGGAGAUCCUGCACAUGAAUUGCUCCGACUCUGCCAUGAUGGUUAUGCAGCGGGCAGUACUGGUUGCAACUCUCUCCGUUCCUCUCAGGAUGACUUGUACAGAGCAGAGUCCAAGUCACUGUUGAAUAAUGUAUGUGAAAAUGGUUCGAGAUUUUUUGAAGAUGCAUUGCGGGAGUUAGAGCCAAAAGCUGCUCGUGGAGUGUUAACAUCUCCGGAUAGCAUUGGAUCGGAGUCUGUACAAAAAUCUUCUACAAGGCAUGUUUCACGGUUAAGUGUUCCAUCAACAGCUUGAAAGAAGUGGAGUCAUGGCAUUGAGGGAUGAAAAGCCAACUCAACACGGUAAGUAUGAUGUUACUUGUUGGCUGUCAUUUCUCUAUGUUUUUCUAUUCCAGGCAGCUUGCAUGUCUAACAUUCAGAGAGA